AUGAACCUAACCCCCAAUAUACAACUUACCCAAGAUUGCGCUCCAGCCAAGGAUGAUGAUGAAGAGUAUUUCAGUUGCAUCAGCAACUUGGAUGCGACAGGCCAAUCAUCCUUUCAAAGCAAGCAAGUUUUAAAUAAUCAAUUAAACCCAUCAAAAUAUUAUAAUAAUCUAAGUUUCCACCAUUCUACUGUGAGUAGUUCAAGUAAUUCAGCCACAACGCAAUUCCAUAAUAUUAGUUUUAAAAAGAAACAAUUAAAAUUUAAAGUAUUUCAGAAAUGCUAUCCCAGGACACCAGUUCCUCAAAAUGAAGGUUGCUGUCAAGAUUACACCUCAUUAUGUCUCGAAGACUCCAAUAAUGAGGAGUAUGACGAUGAUGAAGAUGAAGAUGAAGAUGAAGAUGAAGAUGAAGAUGAAGAUGAAGAUGAGGAUGAAGAUGAAGAUGAAGAUGAAGACGAAUAUGAGUACGAAGAUGAGGAUGAGGAUGAAGAUGAAGAUGAUGAGGGGAAAGGGUCAACUGGAACAUAUUAUAGAAAACAAAAAUAUUAA